UAGGACUUGAUUAUGGAUGGCCAAAAUGAAGUGGACAUUUCGAACAAUAAUGUUACACCGUUGUGGCGAAGGAGGACAGCCCACCACGUCAAUUUGCAUGCAAAAAGCAAACCCAGGCCCCAGUCCUAUCAGAGCUCCACUGGGGUCCUCUUCACGGAUUUCCCUGUGGAAGACAGGGACAUGUUCACUUUAACUCAGCCUGCUGAAACAAUAAUUACUUCACCGGACAAGAAAGCUGCUGAGAAGAUUCCUUUGCAUUUCAGCUGCAGCCUCAGUUCAGUACCAAAUGGGAAGGUUCAACUUCCAGAGAGCAACUGUAUGUCCCCUGGGCUUUCUGACAGGACGUCUCAAGUCCUGAAAAUGGUUUCAAAUAAUUCUAUAAAUUGUACAGCUAAUGGUUCUAUUUCAGCAGGCAGCAAACUGGUUCAUCCAGCAAGGGUUUCCGAUCAAUCAUCACGUAGCCCCGAGAAGGAGCAAAUUGUUUUCACAUCGAGGCUUGGAUUUUCUCCCACAGGAAAUGUGCAUUCACCAAACAACAACAAAAGCACUGCCGCAGCAUUUCAACCAAGUCAGCCCUCUAAAACGUCAGAGAAGGCACCUGUUUGCUUGUCUCCUUCCGAACAGCAGCUUCUACCUCUUCAAGGACUGACAUCGAAUGAGAAUGAGCUCACAGAAGCACAGCCUGUGGUUUUGAGUACAAAUAGUCCUGCUGCAUUAAAAAUGGGGAAGCAACAGAUCAUCCCUAAGAGCUUGGCUUCUGAAAUAAAAGUAACCAACAAACACAGUAGCCAAAAUGGGGAGCCAAACAGGAGGGCUCUUAAAGUUCGCAGCAUGGUGGAGACUGUUAAUGCACCUUUGGUAGCUGGUAAAGAUGAAGAAGGUGAUGUGGAUAGCCCAGGGAUGCUGAGACGUGGUUUGAGGUCUACUUCAUAUCGGCGAGCUGUUGUGAGUGGGGUUGAGUUUGACAGUACAGUCAACUUUAAGAAGAAGAACAGAAUGUCCCAGCCAGUGCUGAAAGCAGUGGUUGAAGACAAGGAAAAAUCUUCUAGUUUAGGAAGAAUAAAGAAGAAAAUGCUGAAAGGACAAGGGACGUUUGAUGGCGAAGAAAAUGCUGUAUUGUAUCAGAACUACAAAGAAAAAGCACUAGAUAUAGAUUCCGAUGAAGAGGCAGAAUUGAAAGAACAGAAGUCAGAUGAAAAGAUAGUUAUUCAAUACAAACCUCUGAGAUCAACAUGGAGUCAGUUGUCUGUGGUGAAGAAGAAUGGCCUAUCUCAAACUAUCAGCCAAGAAGAAAGAAAAAGACAAGAGGCUAUAUUUGAAGUAAUAUCUUCAGAACAUUCAUACUUGCUCAGCCUGGAUAUUCUGAUCCGGAUGUUUAAGAACUCUAAAGAACUCAGUUCCACCAUGACCAAAACGGAAAGCCAUCACCUUUUCUCCAAUAUUGCUGAUGUCUGUGAAGCAAGCAAGAAAUUCUUCAAAGAGCUUGAAGCAAGGCAUCAGAAUAACAUCUUCAUCGAAGAUAUCAGUGAUAUUGUGGAAAAGCAUACUUCAUCAACUUUUGAUCCUUAUGUAAAAUAUUGCUCAAAUGAAGUCUAUCAGCAGCGAACACUACAGAAACUACUAGCUAUAAAUCCAGCCUUCAAGGAAGUUCUGUCACGGAUUGAGUCCCAGGAAGAAUGCAGGAACUUGCCUAUGAUUUCUUUCUUGAUCCUCCCAAUGCAAAGGGUUACACGACUUCCACUGUUGAUGGAUACAAUUUGCCAAAAGACACCUAAAGAUUCACCAAAAUAUGAAGUUUGUAAGCGGGCACUAAAAGAAGUAAGCAAG